UCUUCUGCUUUUUUUGUAAACAUAUUUCCUUUCUUUUUCUGUUUGAUAUUUAAUCAUUUUAGAGUUAUUUUUUGUUGUAUUUCUUAUAAAAUGCCAAAGUUUAGUAAAGUAUGGAAUUAUUUUGAAAAAAUAAGUCAAGUUGAAACCAAGUGUUUAAAAUGUUCAAUGAAGAUAAAAUCACAUGGUAACACUACCAAUCUCAGUAAACAUUUGCAAGUCCACCACAAACAAAUUUAUGCUACCAUAUUUCCGAAGUCUGGUGAUUCUGAUCAACCCAAUAUAGAUGACAAAAUUAAUGAAGUGAACUCUUUUCAAGGUAAGUCAGUGCAAAAUUGUUAAAAUACGUUCUAAUUUAAGCUUUUUUUACCAUCAACAAAUAGAAGGUUCAAUGAAGAAAAUUGUUGACAACCAUUUUAUCUGGUGGAUAGUGAACAAUGCCUUACCUUUUCGUAUUGGUGAAUCAAAUGGUUUUGAAAAUUUUGUUAAAGCACUAAAUAGGAACUACAAGCCACCAAAAAAGGAUAAAGUUAAAAAGCUAAUCUGUGAAAUGUAUGAUGUAAAGAAAGGACAAUUGUGCACUUUUCUCAGUGAUGUUAAAUGGGUAUCUCUCACAUCUGACGGAUGGAAAGAUGUCAGUAAUCAGAUACAUUACACAGGUUUAACCUUACAUUUUAUUGAUAACUAUGAGCUAAUGAGUGUUUGUUUAAAGACAAGUGAGUUUCAUGGUGACGCAACAGCCAGUAAUUUGGAGCAAGUUUUCAAAGAAAGUUUAGAUGAAUGGUGUAUAAAUUCAGACAUUAUUACUUCAUUCACAACUGAUGGUGCUAGUAAUUUUAAGAAAGCUGCCAAAGCCAUUGCACCUCAUAUUCAUUGUGUGGCACAUCAACUUAACCUUGUUGUUUGUGAUUCACUGGAAAAAGAUCUCAGAAUUGCGCAACUUGUUACAGCAGUUAAAACGAUAGUAACCUUAUUUAAGAAAAGUGAUGUAUUAAUGCGUGAACUUAUGCAAGAGCGGGAACGAAAGGGUUUAUCUAAACUCAAAUUGAUACAGGAUGUUGCGACCCGAUGGAACUCCACCUUUUAUAUGUUGCAACGUUAUAUGGAAUUACAUAAUGAAAUAUCACACGUGUUAUUGUAUAGUGGUAAAAGAGACAUCGAUUUAAGUGAUGCACAAAUUGAAUGUAUCGGUGAAAUUGUUAGUGUUUUGGAAGUGUUUGAAGAAAUAACAUGUGAUAUUUCAGGUGAAAGUUAUAUAACAAUAUCGAGAAUCAUUCCGUUGAUCGCAAGUGCCAAAGUUAUUCUGGAAAAGAAAAGAAUGAACAAUGAAAUAAGCAAAAAUCUCAUCAGCAGCUUACGCCGUGGGUUGGAUAAUAGGUUCGGUGAAAUCGAAAAGGAUAAAUUAUUUGCUUAUUCCACACUUCUCGAUCCUAGAUUUAAAAAAGUUUCCUUUUUCUCCACUGCUGACUGUGCUCUUAUGGUCUCUAAGUUGAAUGGUGAACUUACUGAAGUUGAACUCUCUCAGAGACCUCCGAUUGAAGCAGAUGAAGAUGAACCAAAUAUCUGGAAAGUGCAUUCAAAGAGAGUUCGUGCUUUAUCUGAUCCAACUGCAGGAAUGCAUUCAGGUCUAAAACAUUACCUUGAUGCAGAUGUUUUACCUAGAAAAAGCAACCCUUUGAUUUUCUGGAAAGAUAAUAAAGAUAACUGGCCACAUUUACAUAACCUAGCAUUGCGUUACCUCACUAUCCAGCCAACUUCUGUUCCGUGUGAGCGCCUUUUCUCAAAAGCAGGUUCGAUUAUUACAGAAAAGAGGAAUCGGAUAAAGCCUGUUAAUGUUGAUAAAUUAUGUUUUCUUUCUUCUCUACCAGAAAGCUUUAUCUAAAAUUAUAUAUGAAUAAAAGUUACUUGAUUUUUUACGAUAUUUCUCGAUUUUUCGAUUUUUUAUUGAUACUUUUCGAUACUAGUAUCGAACGAUAUAAUCGAUAC